GACACCUUCAGGGAGUGGGUAAAACAAAAGUGCAAGUCGUGAAUCAGCAUUCCAGUCGCCAGCAAGAGGGCUACAAUUCCUGCAUGAAGACAAUUGUGGAGAGUCAUACCAUGUAGUGCUCUGCUGUGACAUGUGAUAAUGGCAUGUUUGCAAUUCUGAGGAGAUCUGUCUGACUGCAGAAGAGUAAUGCCUAUCAGAGUGUGCAAUCUCACAGAUGGAGAAAGUAUCUCUUAUGCUCUACCUCUUCUUAUCGGAGAAGUACAACAAGAACAACCUCACAUAGCCGACACGUCAAUCGAUGUGUGGAAUGAAACUACACAGGGUAAAGUUAUCUCCUGGCCAGUUUUGGGGGGUCAGUUCAAAGCCUUGGUCCAGUUACAAGAGGGAAUCAAUAAAAUUAAAUUCAAGUCAUGCACCAACCAAGAUACCUUAAGUUAUACUCUCAUCUACAAGUGCCCAAACUUUGCAAAGUUUGUUCGGCCAAUUUAUAUCAGGUGCUGUGACGACAAUGGCUGCUUCCAAGGUCCACAGGGAGAAGACAACUCACCAGAGAGUGCUCAAAAACGCAUCAUACUUGGUGCCCAACUCAUUCAGACUUUCACUGCUGAAAAACUAUAUGAACACAGCCUAGGCCGAAGAACAUUCCAACUAGAAACUGAUUCCAAGGGUCAGGUAGUCUGCCAUGUUGUCACCACCAGUUUGACUCUCCGAGAGGCUCAGAGCAAGGAGGGAGGAGAGCUGUGGCAGCACUUUGCCAAGGAGCUCAUGACGACAGACUUCCCUAAUAAAGAGAACUGUAAGUGGUAUGCCUUCAUGUCCUUCACCAGGUACAACCCUCCACGAGAUGGAUCCAUUCCAAAGACGCAUGCUGAAGUUCUAGAGCACACAAGAGGUCACUGUGCACUAGGUGGGGGUGGCUUGGCUUUAUUUGGGACAGGCAAUUUGCACACCUGGGCAGAGAGUUUGGAUCAAGUUGUAAGUCAUUUUACAGACUCCAGGAAAAUUGACAGGACACUUCUGAUGGAUGACAGUGCAUACAGGGGAUUCUACUGGGCAAAUUAUGCCACUGGACUUGGGGCUUCCUUGCAUGAAUUAGGACACACAUUUGAUCUAGCCCACACCAAUACUGGAAUAAUGGGACGAGGCUUUGAUGAUCUAAAUAAGGUUUUUACUCUAAGAGGAGCCAGACCAGUCCCUCAAAUUACAUUCGGUGAUAACAAACAUGCACAAACAAUAUUUGAAACACAGGCUACAGCAUCAAAACCAAAAGAGUCCCCCUCCGUGGUGCAUAUAGAGGCACAGUUUAGACCACUUCAUGUUACUCAGGUUGUUAAGAUACAAAAUUAUGAUGGCACUGUAAAUUCUCAGGUUGUUGCUGACCAGUCUGCGGCUUUACAUAAUACUCAGAAAGACCUGAGGGCCACAAUCAAACAGCUGCAGCUCAGUAGGGAGAAUAGUAUAGCUAGUAAAUCAUCAGGGACGGGUUCAAACAGCAGCUCAACAGUGACUACUCCAACAGCUGCUCAUCCUGCACAGCUUCCAUCAUCAAACACAGGGUCAGGGAACUCCGUGCCUCACGAGCAACCUUUAAUCAAAUUUGCAGAUGAUGGAGCCCACUGGUUUAGGUCCUCUGCUGUACUGCUUCGUUAUCACAGGUGGCUGAACCAUACCAGUCCCAAUGACCUAGUAGCAGCACCUGUGUUUAUGGAUGGCACAUUGAAAGCAGAACCAGGGUUUCGUCUCAUUGAACUACGUAGUGUCCCUGAUGGUGUGGUCUUUCACCACUGGGAGUUUCUGAGUGAAACACCACCCAAAGAGUUCAAACUGCACAAGGACGAGCUUGAAAUGUUGCACAAAGAAGGGGAAGAAGUGACAGUAGUUGCCGAAGACAGCUGUGGUAAUAUUUUAAAGAAAAAGUUUGCCAUUAGUGAACUACCUGCCUGAAUGUUAGACAGAAGAUUGAUUGUCUACUCCGUGAACAGUUAGAUAAGUGUUUUCUGUAUAGAUAAAUUCUGGCAACUCUUUUUUUUUUGCGUGAAGUUUUAAAUAGUUAUGUUUUAUGUAGAAAGACAUCUGUCAGUUUUACAGUCUGUUGGUGUGAGUUUUGUACAUGGAACUUGGCUUUAAUGGCAAGUGUUUAACAAGAAAAAAGUGCCAUUAAGAGAAACAUCUUUUGUCUCACAAAGAAUAAAGGUACUGGUACAUUUAGACAGUUCUUGCAGAUAUACAGUGUAAAGUUUAAUGUCUAUUUUUACAAGCAUGUUUUAUGCUGUCAUGGAUUAAAUUUUCUUUUACUCCAUUUAUUAUUCCCAUAUUCAGAAAUUAUAUAUUCUACUGUUAAAGAUGGCCUUGCUCUUUUUUAUAAUGGCAAGAGUCAAAAACACAUAACUAGAUUAUAAGAAAUGAUUAGUAAUGUCUCUUUACCAACUAUAACUUGUGGUGAAAGUUUAUCUACCCAUGCAAGUCAUUCUUAACAGAUUUUAUUUAAAUCUUCUAGUAAGUGAUUUUAAUUGUGAAUAAUGAAUAUGGUAAUUAUUAAGUCUUUUUGAGAAUCAGCUUAUCAAUAUUUCAAUUUUCUGGGUUUCAGAGAUUUUACUACUGAGAUUACAAGAUGCUAUUAAUUUAACCCAAGCUUUAAGUGUAUAACAAAGUAACUUGAUGAAAAUUAUGUAAAGAUAAUCAUUCGUGCCCUUACUAAUGCCUGGUAAUUUAAUUCUCCCACAAGUGCCACAGUUACUUCAGGAAACCUUAUAGUUGAUAGAACAUGUUGAAGAAAAGUUGGUAUGUGUGAUACACUAACAAUUAUGAAAGAUUGCUACCCUCUACCAGGGCCGCAGAUUGAUUUAUUCACAAGUUAUUCACAGGUAUGUCUUUAGAUAAACAGACAAUCAGUUGGUUCUCUGUGAAAUGUGGAAACUGUGUCUAUAAUAUCUGCCACCCUGGUGGAGGGUAAAAGAUUUCAAGAAUUGUGUAAUUUUAGUCCUGCAGCUGUAUCGUAUAUUGAACAUCCUAAAGCAUGUCACACUCCUUUAUUGAUUUUAAAGAUAGAGGAUUUAUUUUAAGAAAUGUUUAUUAUUAUUGUGUACCUGUCCCUUGAAAUUGUUUUAUAUCAUUUUAUUACUUUAAAGAUAUUGACUUAAGGAUUUUAUCUCUGAACCAAAAUAUUAUUUGGCAAAAACACAAAUAGUGAUAAUAAAUAAAAGGUUUUAUUUUUCUUAUCCAUGUUAUUAGAUAAAGGGUUUGUAUAAACUAACAUAAAUAUUAAAAAACUGUUAUUCUAACAUUAACUUUGGUUCAAUCUUGAACUGGAGGACAUUCGUUAGUUUGCCUCGACAAGUAAAAGAAUGGGUAGAACAUUUUAACCAGAUUUUAAAGGAUGGAUGUAUUUUGCUCCAUAACAUUCUCGGUUAAAAAUUAAUUGUACAGAAUAGUUUAUUGUUGAAAUAGAAUGUUUUAUACAAGUG